GGGGAGGGGAAAAGUUGGACACCCACUCUCGCCGUGACUUUUCCUUUUCUUCCUUUUCUGCGUGGAAGACGCAUCGAGACAAAAAGUCACAAAAAGGAUCAAAGGAACUCAACGCACUGGAUUACUUUUCGACUUUCAUCGGAUCUAUAUCUGCAAAUGUACGUGUUUAUUGGCGGAUUCGUGCAAUUUACAAGUUCGUGGAUUUAAUCCAAAGUUUUAAUAAGGUGGAGGCUGAGGUGAGGCGAGAUGGGUGAAAGCAUGUGGUUUCUUUGCUCCUGCCUGACUCUGCUGGCCGUCAGCCUCAGAUCCUGCGAAACGCUUCCAUCGGAGCAAGAUGUACAGUGCCCAUCCUUACAAGUAGGUGAAUGGAAGUUCCCUCAUUCACCCAGGGACAAUAUCACAGGUUUUAAUUUGGUGAGGCGGUUCUCCCUUCUCAAGAAUCAAGACGUCAAGAAGAUCCGCAACCCACGCGGACCCAUCAUCCUCCGUUUGGGCAAGACUCCCCUCAUUCGCCCCACUGAUGAGGUGUUUCCUGAUGGCCUUCCUGAUGAGUUCUCUCUGAUAUUCACCUUGGCAUUAAAGAAGACUGCCCUGAGGGACACCACCUACCUCCUCCAGAUAUCUGAUGAGCAGGGAUACCCUCAGCUUUCUAUAGACCUCAACGGUCCAGAUGGCACCCUGUCGUUGAGAGCCAGACGGGCAGAUGCCACAGAUGACCUGGUGAGCUGUGUUUUCACUAACGAGGGUGUGGGAUCUCUCCUGGACUUACGCUGGCACAAGGUGGCCCUCAGCGUCCAACAAGAUUCUGCCUCCCUCCUCGUGGACUGCAGCCCCGUCGAGACGCAGCCCCUGGAGCCCCGUGGAAAACUGCCCACCGAUGGACAUACUCUGCUGGGCAUUCGGGGUACAGACGCCAGGCCUGUACUGAUGGACAUUCAGCAGGUGGUGCUCUAUUGUGAUCCAUCCCUUGCCAGCCAGGAGACCUGCUGUGAGAUACCAGGAGCUCGAUGCCCACUGGAUGCCUCCAAGAGCCGACGGGCCGCAGAGAAUGAGUUGGAAAACACUUUUAACCAGGAGAUCUUCUCCUCCAAGGACCUGGCAGAGAAAGUUUUAAAUCUUGCUAGACUUUCUGGGAUCAAAGGGGAAAAAGGCAGUCGGGGUGAUGAUUGUUCUGGCUUCCAUUCAAGUCCGUGUGCGGAGGGAACCAAGGGCCAGAAAGGAGUGAAAGGAGAGAUGGCGCUGCCUGCCAACUGGGCUGAAGCGGCUGAGUUCAAGGGAAUCAAAGGUCAAAAGGGUGACAUUGGUCUACAGGGUCUCACAGGCACUCCAGGGAAGGAUGGUCGAGCAGGCUCCAUCUGUGUUGUCGGCCCCAAGGGACAGAAGGGGACCUCAGGUUCGGUGGGUCCUGAAGGCUUGGCCGGUGAGCCGGGAAUGCCCGGACCUCCAGGCCCGCCCGGAGUUGGAAAGCCAGGUCCAGCUGGCCCCCCUGGUCACCCUGGUGGUGCAAAAGGAGACACGGGUGACCCCGGACCUCAAGGGGACGAUGGAUUACCUGGAGAUCCAGGGCCAAGAGGACCAGCUGGGCAUAAAGGAGAAAAGGGAGACGCAUGCGAAGUUUGCCCCACACUGCCCGUCGAUUUCGGCAACAUGGUGGCUUUGCAAGGUAUGAGGGCCCCCAAAGGAGAGCCCGGUUUACCAGGAGUUGGACAGAGAGGACCACCUGGACUUCAAGGUGUGGAUGGAAAGAGCGGACAGAAGGGAGAAGCAGGAUCAAAUGGUGUGAAAGGAGAAAAGGGUGAGGCCUGUUCUGCAUGUCCCACCUUGGGCGAGUUCCCCCCAAACCUGGUCCCCGCUGUUGGGACUCAAACUCUGCAAGUGAAGGGCCAAAAAGGAGAACCAGGCAUUGGAAUUCAAGGAGAACAAGGAGGUGCUGGAAAUGUAGGACCACCUGGCCCAAGAGGAGAGAAGGGGAAUGCAGGGAGAAGAGGAGCUGAUGGUAAGCCGGGAAAACUUGGUGCAAAAGGAUCUGCUGGCAAAAAUGGAGAAAAUGGUGAGAAGGGAGAUAUUGGACUGCCUGGUCUCAGUCUUCCCGGCCAGAAAGGGGAGCCGGGCCAGUGUGGUGUGUGCCAACCAUACGAGGUCGGCAGCGGACCUACCAGCAUCAAAAUACCCGAGGGAACAAGAGGCAACCCAGGUGAACCCGGCCCUCCGGGUGCGCCUGGACGUCCCGGGCUUGGGGCAGAUGGCAAACAGGGCCCCUCAGGUGCUGCUGGAGAGAAAGGAGAUAAGGGUAACCAAGGUGACAAAGGCGAUACUGGAGACGAUGGUGCUCCUGGAGUCCCAGGACUGGCUGGAGAGCCUGGACAAGAUGGACGAGUGGGCUUCAAGGGAGAGAAGGGUGAUGCUUGUACCAGCUGUUUAUCUCUGGACACUGCGGUGGGCGAUGGUGUGGCUGUGCCCGGGCCAAAAGGAGAAAGAGGAGAGCCUGGCGCUCCAGGAGUGGGGAAGACAGGCAAAAAUGGUAAACCAGGCUUAGCAGGUGUACAAGGGCCCCCUGGUCUCAAAGGGAGCAAGGGAGAACCCGGACUUGCAGGACUCGGCCUCCCAGGUGCACAGGGUAUCGAGGGACCAAGAGGACUUUCGGGUAUUGUUGGACCUCCUGGAUCUAGAGGAACACCUGGCCCCGCAGGUCCUGCUGGGGAAAAGGGCCUGAUUGGAGAUGCUGGACCUCCAGGACCUCAAGGGCCAAUGGGCUUCGGCGUAACUGGGCCACCAGGUAGAGACGGCGCUCCCGGCUUGCCCGGCUCUCCAGGAGCGGAUGGCAGACCUGGGCUUGAUGGAGCUAAGGGGGACAAGGGCGACCCUGGCGAGUGUAACUGCAUAACGCCAAUGCAGUCAGGUGCAGGCGGACCUGGUGCUCCCGGGGCUAUAAUAGGCACGUGGCAGCCUGGGCCUCAGGGACCCCCAGGACCACCAGGCCCGCCAGGCCCACCAGGGUCUCAUGGUGUCAAUGGACUGCAAGGACCUCAAGGUAUCCCUGGAAAGGACGGGAUACCAGGAAAACCGGGUUUGCCUGGAUACGUUAAGUCUGACUUGCAGCUAUUGCCUCAAGAUGCUUCUAACGAAGAUGGUGAUAAAGCCUGUGUUGGAGACUGUUCCCAAGGGAUGCCAGGAGUGCCAGGUAUGGCUGGUGCCAAAGGAGAAAAGGGGGACCAGGGCAAACCUGGGGUAACCGCCUUGGAUAACUGUGACAGCUGUUUGGAGAAACUACAGGCAACAGAACCAAGGGAUCCCUGCAGCUGCACAGGAUCACCUGGAGUUCCAGGGGUGCCUGGGUCACAGGGAAUACGCGGUGAACCUGGCAUCCCAGGAGACAGAGGACAUGCUGGGCUUCCAGGAAACAUGGGGCCUCCAGGUUUCCCAGGUCCUCCAGGCCCAUCUGGCUCAUCUGGUCAGCAAGGCGAGCAAGGGGCAGCUGGACUAGCUGGAGUCAAGGGUGAACAGGGCCCUCCAGGGACACCAGGCUAUCCUGGAUCCAUGGGGCCUCCUGGACUACCGGGAUUGAAAGCUGAACGUGGGAGCCCAGGGACGAGUGGUCAGAAAGGAGAAUCGGGUCCUUCUGGUCUCCCUGGGUAUCAAGGACAGACGGGCGCACCAGGAGGUAAAGGAGAUACAGGACCAGCAGGACCUGUUGGACCAAAAGGGGAUCAGGGCUUUCAAGGACAACCCGGAUUCCCUGGAACACCAGGCCCACCCGGCCUUGCUGGCAAAACUGGAAGGGAAGGACCCCAAGGGCUCAAGGGUGAAAAGGGCAACAAUGGCGCCCAAGGUUCUCAAGGACAAACUGGGCCUCCAGGCUCUCCAGGUUCCCCAGGGCUGAUGGGACCUCCCGGCAUUGAGGGAAUUGAUGGAAAAGAUGGGAAACCGGGGCUUCGGGGAGAGAUGGGCCCACCAGGACCAGCCGGCCCACGAGGAAUCCCAGGAUUCAAAGGGAAAACCGGGCACACUGGCUUUCCAGGACCGAAGGGUGAAGUUGGACCUUCAGGUCCACCUGGACCAACAGGUAGACCAGGACAUGAGGGUGAUCCCGGAACACCAGGAGCUCAGGGACGACCUGGACCAUCUGGCCACAUUGGUUCACCAGGUCCAGCUGGACCCCCAGGACCUCCCGGUCCAUCAGUAGUGGGUAUAAAGGGAGAUAAAGGUCAGAAUGGAGAGAGAGGUCUCUCAGGAAUGCCCGGGACUCCAGGGCCACCUGGUCACCCAGGAUUAAUGGGAGAGCCGGGCAAUGAUGGUUCUGCUGGUAAAGAUGGUUUGGCAGGCCUUCCUGGUGAGAACGGAAAGCCAGGUCAAAAGGGUGAGCCAGGGGCUACCGGCGAAAAAGGCGCUCAAGGGGAGAGAGGCAGACCAGGGCCCCCUGGUGGUGGCUUGGGAUAUCACUCCAAGGAUGCGCAGCCAAUGAUUGGCCCAGUUGGGCCCAGAGGGGAGCGGGGAAGCCCUGGCUCAGCCGGUCCCCCCGGACUACAUGGUACUCCAGGGUCACCAGGAAAUGAUGCUGUAGUCAAUUAUGAUGAAAUCAAGAACUUCAUCCGUCAGCAGGUCAUCAAGAUUUUUGAUGAGAGAAUGGCCUACUACAUGUCUCGUAUGCAGAUGCCUGUAGAAAUGGUGUCAUCUCCUGGUCGGCCCGGGACCCCGGGGAAAGACGGCAUUCCCGGUAAUCCCGGAGCCCCCGGCGCCCCCGGCAUCCCGGGACAGAUCGGUCGACUAGGUCGGCCCGGACCCCAAGGCCCAGCUGGACCACGAGGACCCGCUGGUGCAAAGGGAGAUAAGGGCGUAGGCGAGAUGGGAGAUGCAGGACCACCAGGAGCGCCAGGUAUCCCAGGUUCCCCAGGCUAUGGUAAGAUGGGACCCCCAGGUCCCGUUGGCCAGCAGGGAGUUCCUGGAAUCCCGGGUCCGCCCGGAACGGCUGGUUCAAAGGGAAACGAUGGCCGGUGUAACCCGUCGGACUGCAUGAGCCAUCAAGUAGAAUAUAGCCCCAAGGGCCCGUCUGUCAAGGGCCCCUGGUAAAUGAGCGGAGGGCACGUAGGAGAGCGGUAGGGCAAUCAAAAAGGACAAAAAGUUGGCAACUCUGACCACAAUAUUAAAUAUGGGAACUUCCUUUAUUCCUUUAAGCAGCCACUCUGAUUUGUUUGUGUAGUGCGCUGCAUAAAUCCUCAUGAUUCUUCCCCCGCGCCAAGACAUAAGCAGUGUAUUUUUAUUGCACCAUUUUUUCCCCUAUAAAUUCCACUUCCUUCCGAUAUUGUUCUUUGUUGUUCUUUUGCCUUCUCUUUGCAAUGUUUCACUCCGGAAAACAUGCCACCGGGAGGUGAAAAGAUCCACAGUGUUUUUUAUUUUUCAAUUUUCUUUAUCAAGUUUAGAAAGCAACAACACGUACUGUAGCACUUUGCUUGCACCUCUUAUAUAUAUUUUUUUCUCAAAAUAACAGUGCCUCCCAUUCCUUUAAAAUGGCUUCAAUGCUUGUGGUGUUAUCCAUAGUUGAAUUCGGUUUGUUAGAGAAUGAAUGCAUAUAGACCCUUUUUGAGGGGUUUACUGUUUUGUAAAUAUUUAUAUUUAUAUAUACUGUAGCAGCUUUUUAUACAUUUUGAAACAUUUGAUGAGCUACAUAUUACCAUAACUAAUAAAAUACUGUAUGCUAAACAUGCAUAAAGCAUGUCCGGCUAUUUGAAGUGGAGAAUUGAGUUCAUGAUUCAAAAGAAUGCUCACGUUGUUCGCAUUUAAGAAAGAUGCUUUUAUGCAGACAUGGCCGUCUGGAAUAUUUGCAGCCUUCCAUCUUAAAUUGAAGCAAAUAGCUUUGAAUUCACAACUUUUUAAAAAUGCCAUUCUCCUGCUUGGGGUCCAUUAUUAAGCUUUAAAUUAUACCACUUACUGUUAACAGUAGCCAAACCUUGAAAAACUGAACUGUGGUCAUUCUUUCUCGAAUAGAAACAGAAUGAAACUGUGUUUUAAAUGGUCGUACAAUGUCACUGUACAAUAUCACUCCAUACAAUCUUGCUAUGUAUAUGUUGUUUAAGGUCAUUGUUAUGCAACACGUUUCUUUGAUAUGUUGUUUUAUAAAGCAUUUGAGAGAAACAAAAAAUUGCAAA